AUGGAUACCAACAGCCUGCUCAGCAUGAACCUGGCGCUGAAUGUCGCCCGAAAGUGUCGCAUCUGCGGCAUGGAUAUCCUGGAUCUGUCCUGUGCGUUUUCGAUCUUCGGCAGCGAUCGACUAGAUCACAAAAUCGAGCGUUAUCUGCAGCUGAACAUCCAAGCUGAUGAUCUUUUGCCGAAAUGUAUUUGCGGUUCCUGCUAUCUGAAACUCGAAAGCACAGAUCAAUUCGCUUUGAUGGCGAACCGAACGGAGGAUGCCUUCCGGGCGUGGAUUCGCCGCCUGCGAGGCCUCAACUGUUCCGAUGAGCCGGUGCAAAACGUCAACCUCGUUUUGCCCCUAUUUAGACCCCAACAAUCGACAGCGGCGACCGAUUGCUCAGCCGACCAGAAAAGCAACAUCCAAGCAUUUCACAUGAAGGAACCACAACAACAGCGGCUCUUCGUUGCCUCCGGCCUUCAGAAGCCGGUUCCAGCGGCCAACCUUACACAGGGCAACAUCACCCCGGCGGAGGUCAAUACCAUAUCGUACAGCGAUCUGAAACUUGGGCUUUUGAUCAAAGACCAGGAGCUCUUAAAGCUGAUCCUUAAAGCUCUGAAGUGGGCAGAAAAUGAUCGUCGAGCAUCGUUCGAUGUGCUGAUACAGCGAUUGAAAAAUUCGAGCUUCCGCGAGAUCCUCUCCAACCACAAUCUGCUCAACGAUGGCGAUCUGACGCAGCUCCUGAAGUCCUACAUCGGUCAGGGGGUGAUGAACAGCUUCACGUCUUCAUCUGCGACAGCAUCAACCGGUGUGCCGGUCAGCGCUAAUGUGCCGCCCCCAUUGGUGUUAUCAUCGUCCAUUGUGCCCCCACUGGCACCAGCUUCGGCACAUCCAACAAUCAUCGGAUCAAUGAGCAGCGCUCCGCAAACGGCACCGAGUGCAGGGAAUACUUUCAAAAUCGAUGACGCCUCCGUAACGCAGAUGGAAGUUGGUAUUGAUCCUGAUCUUUACCUGCCGUACGACGAUGAAGACAGCAGUAGUGCGACAAAGUUUGAUAACAGAUUUGACGAUCGGCAGGAUAACACGGUGACCAUCAAGUUGGUCACAACAUCCGAUAACUCGGAAGACGUCCGGAAGAUGCUUCCUGCUAUCCUGAACGUACGCAGCAGCAACCGCUUCCAGUGCAGCGUCUGCCCGGAGUGUUUCGCUACUAAUGGCGAACUUCAGCAACACAUUGUCCAAAAUCAUCUUCAAACCGCACGCCCAAUGCCGCUGGUGUCGGAACAUGGCAAACCGGCGAUCAAGAUUCGGGUGCGCAAAACCAAGCAUUUAUUAACGGCUCCACCGCUCCAGCCUACACCGAUCAAACGAGUGGUCAGUUCUCCAGUACGAACUGUUUCCAAAACACCACCCCCUUUGACGAUCGUACCAUUGAAGAUACCCCCUUCAACCACGAUCACCGUGGUUCCAGUUAGCAAACCACAACCAUCAACCACUACCACAGGGGAAAAUUUGAAACCAGUUACCGUUCGAAAACCAUUGCAAGAAUCGCCACCAAAGGUGGAACUGAUACGCAAGUCGCAGCGAAAACCGGUGAAGAAAGGAAACCUAUCGAGUCCGAUCCCUUCGCGCAAGCAAAGAGUGACGAAAGCAAAACCGUCAACCACAACAGCGCCCGUGGAAGAAGAUCGGCAUCCGGUGGCGAAGGUAUCGCGCAGGACUCCGUCCGCGUUUUGCACCGUGUGCCGGAAAACGUUACCGGCCCGCGAAAGCAUUCGGGAUCACAUGGAACGGCAGCACUCUCGGUUCGAGUGCGAAAAGUGUGGCCGAGCGUUCAAAAGCGCCGUAAACUUGGAACGCCAUCAACAGUGCCACACGGGGAUGAUGGUUGAGUCUGCGAAAACGAAACACCAGCAGUCUGGGGAUGAGCUGCACAAGUGCACGCAUUGUAGCAAGGAGUUCCGGAAGCUGCUUCAUUUGAAGUUGCACCUGAACAAUCAUCACAACGAUAGCAAGAGCACCGCAAAGCCGAGCUCCACCGUUGCCGCCGGAACAUCUCUUCGCAAGCGAACGCCGAAUGGUGCCAUUGCAGGAAGCAGCGUGUCUGAAGUUGGCCGCACAAAGCGUAAAAGUACAAUAACUAGGAAAUAGCCCACAGAAGGGGGUGUUGCAAUAGUAAACAAAACUAGUGCAAAUGAUAGAAGCUAACGUAGGAAAACUAUGCCCGUUACCGAAGAGGCUCUAAAAGGUGCCGUGCAAAGUGUAUUAAGUUAGGCCAAAAUACGUAUGAUACAAUCGCAUACAUCACCGUUUGCUCGCAAGCUUAAGUUAGUUGGUUUUUAGUUGCGAAUAGGA